AUGAACUUGGCUCUUAAACAACGACUAUUUCACACUAAUUCCCGGUUAAGCUCGGAUUUCUCCCACAUAGUAAUUGGAGGAGGAAUAGUCGGAAUAGCAACAGCAGCCGAAUUACAAGAGCAAAAAGGUAACAAGGUCCUAUUGGUUGAAAAACAUUCGGCAUUGGGACAAGAAACAACUUCAAGAAAUAGCGAAGUUAUACACGCAGGUUUAUAUUACCCUCCACAAUCAUUGAAAGCAAAACUUUGCAUUGAGGGUAAGAACAAAAUCUAUGAUGCUUGGUCCACAUACGGGCUUGACUUGCAGAAAUGCGGAAAGUGGGUCGUUGCCCAAAAUGAACAAGAGCAGGAGUAUUUGGUAAAAUUGGAGAAAAACGCAAAAUCAUUGAAUGUCCCCGUAAAAUUCAUUUCCACAUCAAUGGCAAGGAAAAAGUAUCCACUAAUAAAAGCAAGCUCAGCGAUUUUGGAAAGUCCUACAACGGGGAUUAUCUCAGCUCAUGAAUACGUAAUGUUUCAUCAAGGUAGGUUCGAAAAUAAUGAGGGCACGUUGGGGUUGAAUACCAAAGUCAAAAAUAUAUGUUACAAUAAAAGUUUUCUAAACUACUCGGUGACUAUGGAGACCAUGGGAGAAAAGGAGGAGAAGGAAGAAAUUGAAAUAACUGGUGAUAACGUUGUGAAUGCUGGUGGACUUUUUGCCGCAGAAAUCGCCAAUAUGAUACUACCAAAGGAUCAACACUACAACUACUACUUUGCAAAAGGAAACUAUUUCAGCUACACACCAGAAAAACCAAUAGAUUGUAAGAUAACAGAUAAAUUGAUAUACCCAUGUCCUAACCCCAAUGCCUCAUCAUUAGGUACUCAUUUGACUUUUGAUCUUGGCGGACAAUUGAGAUUUGGACCAGACUUGGAAUGGUUAAACACAACAAAUCCAAAUGAUAUUGAUUACACUCCAAAUCCCCAAAAUCUAGAAGCAGCUUAUAAUGCCAUCAAAACUUAUCUCCCUGCAAUUACUCAAAAUGACUUAGCUCCUUCUUAUUCCGGUGUCAGACCAAAAAUCUUAUCUCCUGAACAAAGCAAAAACCAGUUUGCUGAUUUCAUAAUCCGGGAACAAAACGGAUUCCCCGGAUUUGUAAAUCUUUUAGGAAUAGAAAGUCCCGGAUUAACUGCUGCAUGGGCAAUUGCAGAACACAUUAAGCAUAUUUAUCAUCAAUAA